GCGUAUGUUGUCAUAGGGGAAAAGAUGGCGUCCGUGUCAGAAAUGUACGAUGUGGGUUGGGAAGAGAUGAGAGACAAGCUACGUAAAUGGAGAGAAGACAACUGCAGAAAUAGUGAACAGAUAGUGGAUGUUGGCGAGGAGCUCAUCAGUGACCAUGCAUCUAAACUGGGAGAUGACAUAUGGAUUAUUUAUGAGCAGGUGAUGAUCGCAGCGCUGGACUGCAGUCGGGAUGACUUGGCUCUGACCUGUCUACAGGAACUGAGGAAGCAGUUUCCAGAUAGCCACAGAGUGAAGCGAUUAACGGGCAUGAGGCUGGAAGCUUUGGAAAGGUACGAUGAAGCCAACAAGCACUACGAUGCCAUUCUCCAAGACGACCCCACUAAUACGGCAGCAAGGAAGCGCAAAAUCUCCAUACUGAAGGCCCAGGGGAAGAGUGCCGAAGCCAUCCGGGAGCUCAAUGAGUAUCUGGAGCAAUUUGUGGGAGACCAAGAAGCGUGGCAUGAGUUGUCGGAGCUCUACAUCAACGAACAUGACUAUGGAAAAGCAGCGUUUUGUCUGGAGGAGUUGAUGAUGACCAACCCUCACAAUCACUUGUACUGUGAGCAGUACGCUGAGGUGAAGUACACUCAAGGAGGGCUGGAAAACCUGGAGCUGUCCAGAAAAUAUUUCGCUCAGGCGCUGAGGCUGAACAACCGGAAUAUGAGAGCAUUGUUUGGUCUGUACAUGUCUGCAAGUCACAUCGCUGCCAGUCCUAAAGUUAGUGCCAAGGUGAAGAAGGACAAUAUGAAGUACGCUGCUUGGGCUGCCACUCAAAUAAACAGAGCCUAUAAGAUGGCCGGUCGAGGCACCAAGGAGAACAAAUGCUCCAUGAAGGCGGUGGAGGAGAUGCUGGAGUCCAUGCAGAUCACCAUGUCCUAGAUGCCCCCGUCCACACCUUUCUUCCUCCCUCCUGUUCAGUUGGAGCAACAUGUGCAGCUUGGACACCUUUUCAAUGUGACCGGACCCGGGUGUUAAAAACGAUUUUUUUUUUUUUUUUUUAAACUCUCUAAUGUUUGAUUCUGUUGUCUAUAUAUUUUGACAUGGACUAUGAAAGAUACCUAUCCAGGACCUAACAACAAACUCCAGAUAUACUCUCAAUCCUAGGAUCAUUUAGGUAUAGCUUGAGCUAAUAUCACUAUUUACCACAUCCGCACUAUGACCACGUGACCAGGAAAGAUAAUAAACUGUACAGUAAAUGCUAUUUAUAAAGACACUGUGGAGAUCCCAACCGUCUGCAAUGAAGUCUUCUGCUGUAUGUAAAUGAAACUUUCUUGUCUAAUAAACUUUUUUUCUUUUGUCUAA